CAAUCUUUCUAAACAAGACAUCAAAAUCACAAACUACUUAUAAGAACAUAAUCUCAGAGUAAUCAAGAGAAAUCACCACUUAAAAAACUUGGCUAAGGUGGAACUUCUUGAAUGGUAGAAUGAGGAGCUUGGCAAAUCCUCUUCUUCAAAAGCAGAUAAAACUGGGCAAAAUCAUAAAAACAAUCACUUCAAACUUGUACUGUUUUGUUAAGGAAUGAAUACUGGUAAUUCUACAACAUGGAUGAACCUCAGAAACAGUGUAAGUAAGUUAAAGAUGGCCAACUCAAAAGACAACAUGUUCUAUAAUUCUGUUUAUCUAGGAAUGGUUAAUAUGUAGGGACAGAGUGAGCGGGUAAGUGGUUGCCUGGGACUGUGGUUUUAAAUGAGGUUUCCUAUAAAUCGACAGAAGAGAUUUUAGGGGGGUGAUGGAAAUGUUCUAAAAUGGCAUUGUGGCGAUGGGUGUAACAACUCCGUUAGCUUACUAGAUAUCAUUGAAUUGUGCAUUUAAAUCAGGUGAAUUUUAUGGUAUGUAUAUUAUACCUCAGUAAAACUUUUAUUUUGAAUGUUGGGGUUUUUUUUCCUUAUCCUAAAGGAGUGGCCCAAGUAUAGCACAUCUCAGAGGAUGGCAUUUAUUUACUUAGGUGGCUGCUGCUCUCAGUUUAUUUAGUUAAGGUGUUCUGAGAGCUCGGUACCAGUGUGAGAUAGAACACCAGCUUUGUUAGGGUACGUGUUAUAAUUUUAGGCCCGUCAGACACAACAACCUUAUUUGUUUUUUAAUUUACAAACUAGGGUUCAAUAAAUACCUGACUUAGAACCUUACAAGAAUUUGGACGUUCAGUUUUGUUAGUCACAUAAAGCCUUCCGAAAGAUAGUAAGAGCUGUCGAUCCUGAAGACUUGAUAAAUGUAACACUCUAUGUAGUCCUUGCGCACAGGUACAUGCCCCUAGAGUACAUAUCUUAUUUGGGACAGAGCAAGGGUAGAAAAUGGUCGUGGUGUUUGGGAAAACCAAGUCUGGGCCAGUAACUUUAUUUUUAAAAGAUUUUAUUUAUUUAUUUUUAGAGGGAAGGAAACAUCAAUGUGGAUACAUGAGAGAUACCUCAGUCUCUCCAUCCUUUGGCUGCCUCUUACAUGCCCCCAGCUGGGGACCUGGCCCACAACAUGCCUUUACUGGGAAUCAGACCGGCAGUGACCUUUCAGUUGGUCCUGAGAAAAGGGUGCCAGCAAUGCCUGGAUCGCCUGUGGAAGUGAAGAUACAGUCAAGAUCCUCACCUCCCACCAUGCCACCGCUCCCACCAAUAAAUUCUGGAGGACCCAGGCCAGUGUCAUUUACUCCUACAGCAUUGAGCAAUGGCACCAACCAUUCUCCUCCUACCCUAAAUGGUGCCCCGUCACCACCACAGAGAUUCAGCAAUGGUCCUGCGUCUUCCACGUCAUCUGCACUAACAAAUCAACAACUGCCAGCCACGUGUGGUGCUCGGCAGCUCAGCAAGUUAAAACGCUUCCUCACCACUCUGCAACAGUUUGGCAAUGACAUCUCACCUGAGAUUGGGGAGAAAGUGCGGACUCUUGUUCUAGCGCUGGUGAACUCAACAGUAACCAUCGAAGAAUUCCAUUGCAAGCUCCAAGAAGCUACAAACUUUCCUCUUCGUCCUUUUGUGAUUCCAUUCCUCAAGGCCAAUCUGCCCCUGCUGCAGCGCGAACUGCUGCACUGCGCUCGGGCCGCCAAGCAGACCCCAUCCCAGUACCUGGCUCAGCACGAACACCUUCUGCUCAAUACAAGUAUCGCCUCCCCUGCUGACUCCUCCGAGCUGCUCAUGGAAGUGCAUGGAAAUGGCAAGCGGCCCAGUCCAGAAAGGAGGGAAGAAAGCGGUUUUGAAAGAGAUACAGUUCCUCCUGAGCCUCCUGCCAAGAGAGUGUGCACAAUCAGCCCUGCUCCUCGGCACAGCCCCGCCCUCACUGUGCCGCUUUUGAAUCCUGGGGGCCAGUUCCAUCCUACACCUCCACCUCUUCAGCACUACACCUUAGAAGAUAUCGCAACUUCCCACCUGUAUCGCGAACCCAACAAGAUGCUGGAACACCGAGAAGUUCGUGACCGACACCACAGUCUUAGUGUAAAUGGAGGCUAUCAAGAUGAGUUGGUAGACCACCGUUUGACAGAAAGGGAAUGGGCUGAUGAAUGGAAACAUCUUGAUCACGCUCUGAACUGCAUUAUGGAAAUGGUGGAGAAAACAAGGCGCUCCAUGGCAGUUCUGCGGCGCUGUCAGGAAUCCGAUCGUGAAGAACUCAACUACUGGAAAAGACGAUACAAUGAAAACACAGAGAUGAGGAAAACGGGGAGCGAACUGGUCUCCAGGCAGCACAGUCCUGGGAGCGCAGAUUCCCUCAGUAAUGAGUCGCAGCGGGAAUUCAGUAGCAGGCCAGCCACAGGAUAUGUGCCUGUGGAGUUUUGGAAGAAAACUGAAGAAGCUGUGAAUAAGGUGAAAAUUCAGGCCAUGUCAGAAGUACAGAAAGCCGUCGCUGAGGCAGAGCAAAAAGCCUUUGAAGUGAUUGCAACAGAGAGAGCGCGAAUGGAGCAGACCAUAGCCGACGUCAAGCGGCAGGCGGCGGAGGACGCCUUCCUCGUCAUAAACGAGCAGGAGGAGUCCACAGAGAACUGCUGGAACUGUGGCCGCAAAGCCAGCGAGACCUGCAGCGGCUGCAACAUCGCACGGUACUGCGGCUCCUUCUGCCAGCACAAGGACUGGGAGCGGCACCACCGCCUCUGUGGCCAGAACCUGCAUGGCCAGAGUCCUCACAGCCAGAGCCGGCCGCUGCUUCCUGGAGGGAGGUCGGCCAGGUCUGCUGAUUGCAGUGUUCCAAGCCCAGCCCUGGACAAGACCUCAGCAACCACCUCACGUUCCUCAACACCUGCCUCUGUGACAGCCAUCGACACCAAUGGACUCUGAGCCCCGGGCCCACUUCCCUCUGAUGACCUCACAACAUAAAGGCUGGCUGUUUGGAUCAGUACCAAUAGCUGUUGGGUCAUCAGUAAGAAGUGAAGUGAAGGUGCAAAUGGUCCCAGCCCGGCACACACUGCACCACAGCCUCUGCAGACAUUCACCCGUCUCCCACCCGAGUUCUUGGGGGAGCUGGUGCGUGUUCUCUCUGCACACAGGCAGCUGGCCGGAGUUGCCUCCUCCACGGCUUUCUGGUUUGCUCCUCUCCCCACUGGCGCUGACGUGGCUGGGCUCUUUUCGGUGUAGACCACCAGCUCCCUCACUGCCUCUUGGGGCAGCAGACUGUCCAAGGUGCCCAGCCAGGCUGGAGGCAGUUCACCCCACAUGGUCUCCUACCCCACUGUCCUCCCUGGAGGCCUGGAGGCUGACCGCAGGCCGUGGAGAGGUCCUGUGACGGGGAUGGCCCCUCGGACUCCCGACAGCUCGGACGAGCCCCAGUCCCGCCCUCAGCAGGUGCCACAGGGACUUCGGGGGGCAACGAGCAACACUCAGGACUCACUUGACCCUGCUGUGCGGACUCUUUAGGAUUCUCAAAAACCACAGGAAAGUCACCAUUUCAAUGCAAGUACCCGCAACAAUAAAAAAUACAUAAAACUUCCACAAAGCAUCACAGAGAAUUUCGGACAAGAUUUUCCAGCCUGGCUGGAUGCUUUUGUUUGGGACCCAGCGUUCUCGCCCAUUUGAUUUUGCUUGUGCAGAAAAUAGUCUCCGGCGCAUGGAUCAGUCUGAGCGAGAAUGAGACGCAGCUGUGGACGGUCUGCUCUCUCUGCGCGUGUCGGCCAGUUUCUGUGGUCCGGUCACGGAAUGGAUCGCCCAUCGGAAACGCGGAACCUUUUGUCACCGCCUGGCGGUCUGCACAGUCGUUCUGUGUCAUUUAAUCAGAACACGCGUGUCCGGAUCAUUAUGUGGAUCUCUUCCUGGGGCCUCUGGCACCUUGCAGGCCGCAGUUGCCCCGUAAGACAUGAUGUGGUGUGACGAGGCCGGUCACUUCCGAGCAGCCCUCGGGACGGAAGGAAUUCUCAGACCUCACGGUUUCCUGUCACUCUGCGUAGCACGUCAGUUUAUUACUGGGCAGCCUGAUUCCCUUGUGUGUUUGAUAAGUACCCUCUCUGAGCUAAGAAAUGUGAAGUGUGAGAACUGUUUGGAGAGAGCCUGACCAAUUUUCUUCCUGUCUUAGGGAGUUUUCCAGCUGCUGACCUGGCUCUCCAAAUAAGACGUCACCUAAACCCCUUUUGAAAUAUUAAAAACUGCCGCACACUUUCCCCUGCCAUUCAGGUUUUGUUGGGAGCCCAAGGACCCUGACCUUUCUGCACUCCACCCGCACCGCUCCGGCACCCUCUCUCCCCCGGAUCAGUCGGGGUGAGUGGGUCGUCCCUGCUCCUGUGGGCACUUGAAAACCAGCUUCAGGUGCCGCUUCCCUGCUCAUGACGGGAGGCAGGAAAAGCUCAGCCCUGUGUCGGAGCAGUCAUGGGCAUGGGCAGCGUUGUUCUUCUGCUCGGUAUCUCUUACUUUACAAGUUUUUACUCCUUGAUUUACCUUACCCAGGGGUUUUCUGUCUUCUAAAGAGACUCAGCACAAGACACCUUUAAAACACCUGUAUUUCCACCGCACAAAGUCAAGUUCGCCCAGAAAAGGGACAGCAGAGCAGCGUCGCAUUCAUUUGGAACCCCUGAUGCUGCGGCCGUCGGCAGGCGUUGCAACUGCAACAGGUGUGAGAUCAGCACCUGGACAGGACCCGCCCGCACUUCUGUUAAGUUGCAGGAUGUCCCCAUAAGGCAGUUGGGGAGCCUAUAAAUCAUUUACCACAAGGUCACGUGGUGUCCACGGGGUCUGGCUCACCUCUUUUUGGCAAGUUGGAUGAACGCCUAGGCAGGUUCUUUAAACUUAAGUGGCUACAAGACUAGUUAGGGUAGAUCAGGUUUUUCCUGGAGUAAAGACCCCGAACCAACAAAAUGCUAUUCAUCAGAACUUUAUGCCAGCUUUUUAAGCUAAGGUUUGGGUUUAGUUGUGCGGGGCCUGGCUGACUCUGGCCCUGGUUCCUGCGACAGAUGAGUGUUCAGAGUUGUUCCGAUGCUGUUGGACGCUGCUGCUCAUGUGCCGCGCGGGUCCGGGCUGGAGGGAGAGCUGAGCCGUGUUCCGGCUGCAGUUCAGUUCGCAGGCCUUCUGUUGUGUUCUUUUUUGUCGGUUCCACACACAGGCUGCAGGCAUCUGCCAAGACUUACUGUCUAAGUGCAAAGAAUCCCUCUCUUGAGCUCCCUCCUUUCUGAAUUUCUCCAGCUGUCUGGUCCGAAGGAGGAAGGGCAGUGUCAUGGGGUGAGAUGGGGUGCGUCAUGGUGCCCCACUUGUUCCAGUUUCUGCUGACACCACCCCAGCUACCAGGUUGGGGGUGCAUUCCCACUUUCAUCUAGUUGAGUUUUAAAUAAUCAGGCUGCUUAGAGGACCCACUUUUAUAGUCAGUAUUUGGGGGGGGACAAAGAGUAGAUGGGUUAGAGUGAUGAUACUGAAGGUGUCGGGCUGUCACGGGCUCUUCCAUGACACCCUAGGAAUCAAAACCAGAUGUGACAUGAGCCUGCCCAGCCAUCAGAGCAGAUCAAGAGGACAAAGCCGGUGUUGAGCAUCACCCACUGAGUGACGCUGAUAAGUGACAGGAUGUCAUUGUCCUGCCCAGUGAGGAGUGGUUGCUGGAACCAGAGAAGACCAAAAGCAGCCAGCAUGGAAGGCAUCUUUAAAUGUGUUCCCAAGGACACUUGAGGUCUGGAUCCUCGUGUCUCCAGUCGUCCUCUGGGUCUCCACUGCCUGUAGCUCACCCAACUCGAUCCACCAGUGAAAAUUGACUGGAAGUUUAUUAAUUCCACCUGCACAGAAAUGGCCCUUCUACCUUAAUGGGGUGUGAGCAGUCCACUCCGGAGGGCCCUGAGGUCACGGAGGAGUGAAUCUUUCCUUGGAUGGUGCUGAGCCAUGUACUUAUGUCUCAAUGGCUCCAGGUCUGGAAACAGGACACAUCUGCCCAGCGUCACGGUGCCCUCCACGUUCUUUGCCCGUCCAGGCCGGUUAGCCUGCCAGGAGCUUCUUACUUCUCGGUGUCAGUCUGCGAGUUGAGCGUCUUCAGUUUCUAGACAGGAAAUCACUUCCUACGACCUCGUUCCCAAGUCAGAUUUAUACCCAGUGCUGCCACCUGCUUGCAAAGGGUGCAGACCUUGUUCUGGGAGUUCCAGAAAAAUAGCAAGUGGAUUUGCAGGUUCAGCAACACAAAUUAGAAUUGUAUCGUAGUGAAGUCUUCAGAAUGAAAUCAUAGGCAGUGAGCAGGUGGCUGCUGUGGAAGGGAUUGUGGAUGGAAUAAAUCAUUUAUAAUAGAACCCACCUUGGAGGCUUUCUUCAGAACUGAGUUUUAGACUCCCAGGUCAGUAGACCAAGUCAACUUUCUUAAAUUGAUUACUAUUAUUUUUUAGCUGUUUGCAGAGAACUGGGUGGUGGUGCAUUUGAACCAAAUGUAAGAAAAGCCAGAGGAACCUGGGCUGUUGCAGCGUGGGCCGGCCGGCCCGCUGUCGGGAGGGGCCCUGCCCAGGGCGGUGUGGGCGCUGGGCUAGCUGCCCGCCGGGGCCCUUCCAACACUGGGUGUCUACUUCUUGUGAAACCAAAACGCUGACUCCCUGCCUCCUUGCCCACGUGCAUUGACAUGCUCAUUUCCAAAGACGGUGGUGCAGGUGACCUCUGCCACCGAGAGCCAGGAGAAGGUUAGGAGGUAUGAGGGUGGUGGGCCUCACGGGCCCCCUUCCCUCCAAGCUGCAGAGACGGUGCUUCCCUGCAGACCCCGCCUGGCAAGACCCACGACUGCCCAGUGCACACUCAUUGAUGCUUAUACCAAAUAGGGCAUGUGCGGCCGGGGCUGGCGGGACGGCCCUGUCCCCGCGUUGGAGUUGGCAGAGAAGCAGCAAUAAGCAUUAGGUGAGUGAGUGAGAGUGGUGUGGCUGAGAGGCCUCCAGUCCACUUUCGCACCUUUCCAAGUUCCCGAGGAGGCUACAAAAGCUCCGUUUAUAAAAGAAAGCCAAUAAUGUAAAUAAUUUAAAAACAGCCUCCAAGCAUGAUUUUUAAAGGGAGAUGAUGAAUGUGAAACCACCCACAGGAUGCGGUCCAGUCUGGUUUUUCUGUGCUUUGUCAUUUCUAUGAUAGGAACUUUUGUUACUUAACUCUGUGCAUAACUUAUUUAAUGUACUGUAUAAAUGAACCAAAACUGGUAAAUAUGUAUUUAGUUUGUUCUACUUAGUCAAUAAAAAGGCUAUAUUCCUUUUCUGACUCGAGCUGGAGUGCAGCUGGGAAGGAGGCUGGUGCGCACACUGCAGGGCAGGGGCUCCAGCCGUCCUCCCGUGGCCCGAAGAGCACCAGGGGAAUGAAAUCUGGACCUACGCUAAGGAUCUGGUUGCAGGGGCAGGGCCUCUGGGAAGCCAGCUGAGGGGCCCCGGCCCCGCUCGCACCUUGGCUUUGCCUGCCUGCCUGCCUGCACUUAAGUGCCAGUAACAGUUAUGGACACUCCCAGUUCCUUGUUAGCUUCUUCACCCUUAAGUAAUUGAAUAAGGAAACUACAACCAGAGAGUUUAAAAAUUGCCAUGUUCUUCUCAAAAUGAUAAUUAAUUCUAAGUUGAUUAUUGAAGUAGGAUUUCUACAACCGAACGCUUCUCAGACCCCUGCAAGCCCCCCCCCCUCCCCGUUUGCUGUGUCUCCAGCAGGCCCCAGGUCACACCUUCCAGGGCUCAGAGACCGUUUAACCAGCUGUGACAUGACACAGAUCUGUGCCGGUGCACCUGUGUACGCGGAGCCCUGGGCCGUCUGUUCAGUUUCUUGGCCGGUGACCUGAGGCCUUGCUUCUUAAAGCUCUGGCCCCAGCCUCCCUCUGUUCCCUGAAUACCCAGCUCUGGCCUCUGCUCGACUUUUAAGCAGCCUCGCCCAAAGGCUUGCUGGCACCACCAGCCUCACAGGCCCCCAGAAAGCAAAAGGAAGGCUUGGUUACUAGAUCUCAGGGUGCAGGGAACGGCUGGGCUGUGGCCUUGGCCCCAGAAGGCCAGGCUGGGGCUCAGCAGUGGGAUCUUGCAUGCACAUGGGCCCACUGCCAGCCUCUGCAGCUGCCCGGCACUGCAGUCCACCGCCCAGAACCACUACAGGAGCUCAGCCUCGUGACUGUCAGCCCACCAUAAACAUCCCAUGUGGUAGACAAGUCAGGAAUCCACUGUCGGCCUUAGCUCUGGAGAAUAAAGGGUCCCCAGGGGCUGUGGUGGUAACGGUGAAAUGCUGUUAAAUGUGCCGUCACAGUGAAACACCCAGAUGCAGGAUGAACUUAAUGAUUGUACUUGUGACUGCCAUGCCGUGGACACAGAUGUGUUGGGAUGCCCCCAGGGGUCAGGAAGAAGUUGAGUAACGGAAGCCACACAAGCAGCUGAAAACAAGAGGAAACGUGUGCUGCAGGGGAACAAGAGACGUUCCAAGAAGUGAAGAGUUUGAGCAGUUGGCUGCCUCUAGGGGGAACGUGAGACUAAGCUUAGCGUCUGUUCAAAAACCAAAACCUGAACCUCUCUGUAAGGCUAGAGGCAAGAUCACUUUGGCUUUGGCCACAGUGAAAAGGCCAGCAGGGAUAACAUGCCUGUCUGCAAAGGGAACAGCGGAAAGUUCUGCCCCUGCAAGAAGAAAAGGGGGAAAUUUUGACCAGAGACUAGGGUGUAAUGUCUGCUCUCUGUGCAGCGGAGAAGGAGGCUGGUGCGCACACUGCAGGGUAGGGGGGCCCCAGCCACCCUCGCUGUGGCCUGUCCGCGCUGUGGUCCUGGAGCUGAGGUUCAGAUGUUCUUGACUCCAGAGGUUGAAACAUCCCUAGGAUGAGAAGUGAAGAUGAUUCUAGGCUUGUAGUAUCUCCCAAGUGUCUGGCAGAAGCAAAAAUGAAGAUCCUCCAGAGAAAAAUAUCAACAUAAUCGUAAUAUUGCAUAUCGACCAAUUAUAAACUAUUCAGAAAAGUUACUGACCAUCCAAGGGAAUGAGCCACUAUUGGCAAGAGUCACCAGGAGCAAUCAACAAUCAAUUUAGACCCCCAGGACUUCAGAUAUUGUUAUUACAAUAUCAGAUACAGAAACCUCUAGAAAGUUUGAGAGUAAAAAUAA